AAUGAUUUAGCAAGAAACUACCACCCCUGCCAGUAACAAGGCAGGCAGCCCCCUCUGGGCGGGGCAGUUAGCAGGGUCCCCCAACAUGCGCCCCAGCACCGCCCCCGGGGCCCACAGCCAGCACUGCCUUCCCCGAAGCUAUGCGGCCGGCCUGCGCGCUGCUUGCCUUGGGCAGCCUGGUCUUAACCACCACGGGGGACCUGUCCCCAGAUGUUUGUUCCCAGACCUUUAACUCAGGUGUGAAGCCAGGAUUUCCCAAAACAAUCAAGACCAACAACCCAGGAGUCCUCAAAGCAGCCAGAUACAGCGUUGAAAGGUUCAACAACUGCACGAAUGACAUCUUCUUAUUCAAGGAAUCCCAUGUCAGCAGAGCCCUGGUCCAGAUCGUGAAAGGCCUGAAAUACAUGCUGGACAUGGAAAUUGGCAGAACUACUUGCAAGAAAACCGAGCACCCCAAUCUGGACAACUGUGACUUCCAGACCAACCACACCUUGAAGAUGAUCCUCAGUUGUUACUCUGAAGUCUGGGUCAUCCCCUGGCUCCAGAGGUUCGAGGUGCCCGUUCUCCACUGUCACUGACUGCCUCUCAGCAAUACUACAGCUGCUGGCACUUCUGAAGUAGUAUCUCCCGGCAAGCAGAAUGGAAGUGCCACGGGCUCAUUACAGAGUAACUGGGAUGGAAGAGUGACCGCCCCACAGUUAAAAUAAAUACUUCGAAUUCUCUCCUAAGCUAAUUCUGCUGAUGCUGUGUGCCUGGAUUCAGAGUCUGAACAUACAGGACUGAAUCCUCCAAUGGAAAUGUUUUGGGCUCUCAACUCCUGAAGGAGCCCCUCCCACCCAGGCCCUGGGUCCCCGAUGCAAGCCCGAGAUCUAUCCUUUCGUCUGAAUACUUGCACACUGGACGAAGGGGGUAAGCUGCUAUUGAGCACCUUGACCUUGCAUGGAUGAAGUUAUAAAUAAACA